CGUUUUGAGAGCAGCACAAUGGCUCAAAUCUUAUAUAGUGGAGAACAGACAGACAGAGGGCAGCAGCAGGUCAUGUACACUGCUGAUGGAAGUUCUUACACAUCAGUGGAGACGGCUGAACACACGCUUGUGUACAUACACCCUGCUGAUGGAGCACAGGCCGUGUUUUCAGACCAGCCUCAGGUGGCAUAUAUCCAGCAGGAUGGUACAACUCAGCAGGUCACUGUGUUAUUACCAAGUGGCCAGAACAUGAAUGCUGCAAAUCUACAUGUGCUCAGUAAUGUAGCCGACGUCCCACAGGCCAUGCUAGAGCCGGUCUCACAGAGUCAGCUGCCCAGCAGUGCUCUUUCUAAUAUGACAGACCAUUCCACUAGUCCUUUGGCAGGAACAGACUCUACUGUGGACUCUGAAGAUGAAGAUGUAGAUUAUGAUGACAACAGAGAGGAUUCAGAAAUGGAAGACUGGGAACGGAAGCCCCCACAACCCUUCACGCCUCAUCAUCUCUGGUGUGAGGAAUGUAAUAAUGCCAAUCCUGGUGCAUGUUUGAAGCAUGGUCCUCUCUACCCAAUCGCCAAUAGGCCUGUGAUGUCCAAAGCUCGAGCUAGCCUUCCACUUGUUCUCUACAUUGACCACUUCCAGGGAGGUGUCUUCUCUAAGAGGCGGAUUUCGAAACGUACUCAGUUCGGGCCUGUGGAGGGGCCGCUGGUGCCAAGUAGUGAACUGAAGGACUCACACUUUCAACUUAAAUUAUGCAUGAGAGACUCUCAAAAUGACAGUGAGGGAGAGAAGGACUUAUGGGUGGACCUGUCUAAUGAGGAUCUUUGUAACUGGAUAAUGUUUGUCCGCCCAGCUGAGAACCACCUGGAGCAAAACCUAGUGGCAUAUCAAUAUGGGUCAGAAAUCUUCUACACUACUAUCAAAAACAUUCCACCCAAACAGGAGCUUAAGGUCUGGUAUGCUGCAUCAUAUGCUGAGUUUGUCAAUAAGAAGGUUCAUGAUAUCACUGAUGAAGAAAGAAAGGUACUGCGAGAGCAAGAGAAGAACUGGCCAUGUUUUGAGUGUAAUAGGCGCUUCGCGAGUUCAGAGCAGCUCCAACAGCAUCUCAAUAUGCACGAUGACAAACUAGAUCUUAUUCAAAGACCAAAAACACGUAGGCGGGGACGGGGUAGAAAACGCUUUAAUACUGGAAGGCGGCCGGGUCGCCGACCCAAGUUUGUCCGUUUAGAGACCCCAGUAGAAGGUGCAGAUAAAAGCCAGGACGCUCUGACGCUCUCAAAACUCCCAUAUGACGAGCAGGCCAGUGAUGCAGUAAACGGGUUAAAAGACGAUGAGCUGAGACAAGAUUCUAUGGAGACUGUAACAGAGGAACCAUUAGAUACCCAGACUGACCAGACUGAAGCUCCAAAUGAUGUGAAUGGUACAGACAGUCAAACCACAGUUUCUGAUGAUCCACUGCCUGACAAAGAAGAUCAGGAUCCACCAGUUUCUACAGAUUCACAUCUCUCUCCUCAGGACAUGAGGCGUGCUCGGAGGAUUCGAAAUGCAGCUCUGCAGCACCUCUUCAUCAGAAAGUCCUUCCGUCCUUUUAAGUGUUCACUUUGUGGAAAAGCCUUUCGUGAGAAGGACAGACUGGAACAGCACAUGCGUUACCAUGGACGGGAAGGGUGCCGCUACUCAUGCCACCAGUGCAACAAGGGCUUUUUGAACAGCAGUGCAUUAGAGGAGCACCUGCAGCUACAUUCAGAGCAGCGCACUUACUCCUGCCUGUUUUGUGCUGAGUCUUAUGACAGGCUUGAACUGCUCAGGGAGCAUGUCAACAUUCACCAAAUCAAUGGCUGCUUCUCCUGCCCCUCCUGCAAAAAGAAUUUUAUUGAUUUUCUACAGGUAAAGAAGCAUGUACGUAGCUUUCACUCAGAGAAGAUCUUUCAGUGUAUGGUGUGUGAAAAGGCUUUUUGCAGACCAGACAAGCUUCGAUUGCACAUGCUACGCCACUCUGAUCGCAAAGACUUCUUGUGUUCUACUUGUGGCAAACAAUUCAAGAGGAAGGAUAAACUGCGGGAGCACAUGCAGCGCAUGCAUAACCCAGAGCGUGAAGCCAAAAAAGCUGAUCGCAUCCAGCGAACUAAGUCUCUGAAGCAGAAGGAGCCCACCACUGACUUUGAAAGCUUCAUGUUUAAGUGUCGACUCUGCAUGAUGGGCUUUAGACGCAGAGGAAUGCUGGUAAAUCACCUGUCAAAACGUCACCCAGAAAUGAGAAUAGAAGAGGUCCCUGAGCUUACCCUGCCCAUCAUCAAGCCCAACAGAGAUUACUUUUGUCAGUACUGUGAUAAGGUGUAUAAGAGUGCAAGUAAGCGCAAAGCUCACAUUCUUAAGAACCAUCCUGGUGCAGAAUUGCCGCCCAGCAUACGAAAGCUGCAUCCAGCCAGGCCGGGUGAACCAGAUCCCAUGCUGAGUACACACACUCAGCUAACAGGCACCAUUGCCACAGCACCUGUCUGUUGCCCACACUGUGCCAAGCAGUACAGCAGCAAGACGAAGAUGGUGCAGCACAUUCGUAAGAAGCAUCCAGAAUUUGCACAGCUAGCUAACAGCAUUCAGGCUCCUUUGGCUACUACGGUCAUAAGCAACCCUCCAGCUGUGGUUACAACUGAUGGCACUACGGCUGAUGCUGUGGUGACAACAGACUUAUUAACCCAGGCAAUGACCGAGCUGUCUCAGACUCUGACCACAGACUACCGCACAGUGCAAGGGGACUUCCAAAGGAUCCAGUACAUACCUGUGACUCAGUCAGGGGGAGGCCUCGCCCAACCGCAGCACAUUCAGCUGCAGGUCGUACAGGUUACCCCGGCAUCAUCUUCCCAGUCUCAGCAGUCGACAGUAGAUAUGACUCAACUGCAGGAGCCUCAUAGCUUCACUCAGCACUCCAUUCAGGUUCAACACAUCCAGGUCUCAGAGGCCAUGGGGACAGUGCAGGCCAGUGCUCAGGUUACUGGCCAGUCUUUAAGCCCCUCUUCUCAACAAGCACCGCAAGAGUUAAGUCCCGGUCGUCUACAAGCAUCCACGAAUCAAACACAAGGGACACUGCAACAUGCUUACUUGCCCAGCAACUGGAACUAUCGGAGUUACCCCUCUGAGAUUCAGAUGAUGACUCUGCCUCAUGCUCAGUAUGUAUUAGCAGAUGCUGGCACACCAGUUACCAACAACAACAGCAACCAAGCGAAAACAACACAUUAUGUUAUCUCAGAGGAGCAGUCUGAGCUGGACAGUAAACAAGGUAAUGCCCCCUCGACCACCACUGACCCUCUGGAGCAGACUUCUACCAAUCAACAGGCCACCAACCAGUACAUAAUCAAAACGGCAACCAACGGAGCUGGUACCACAUAGGUGCAAAUUACCAAACCCUGAAGCUUAAUGUGUUUUUAACUUAUUUUUAAGUCCCUAUUUGUUUUUGGACUUGACUAUGAAGGAAUAUGAUUCAUGAUAGAUUGACUGAUGGAAUGGUUGCUGAAUUAUUUGUUAAACUGGUCAAUCAUUGGUGUGUUAUUGUUCUGAAUGGUUGCUGAAUUAUUUGUUAAACUGGUCAAUCAUUGGUGUGUUAUUGUUCUGUUUAAUAACAGAAACACAUGGAAAUACACUCUGGACUACAUCAAAUCUCUGGGCAUUACACCCUAAAUCACUCAUUUAUACCUUUCAAUUUUUAAAGAGAAAUUGCCAAUCCACCUUCUAAUUUUAUGAUGUAUAAUUUCUAUUUAAAUUAUUUUCUUUUAUGAACUUAAUGACAAUUAAUAGACAAUUGAUGCAUGAUUAUGAAGCUAUACCAAACCAAAAACAAACUGGUUUUCCAACAUUGUUAACAAUAUUUUAUUUUAAAAAAUGCUGUUGUUAAUUUGCACAUUUACAGAUUAGAUUCAUUUGAAGAGGUUCCUCUUUGAAACAAUUAAAUGAACAAAAACUAAGUAGAUCUAAUUUACCAAUCUUCGGAUCUCACUAUACAGAAAUGUACAAAAGGUAGAAUUAUAAAGCUUUGUCUUCAUGAAAUAUUUUAUAUAUAUUUUGUUGAUUUGUACAGCAUCAUGGUUGACAGUUCUACUAAAGUCCAUACUGUAUUGCUGGUCUACUCUAUGUUUCCACUACAUAGAGUUUUUUUUGGCAUAUGCAUUUCUGAAUGUAUAGAGUCACUAUUUAUCUGAAAGGUAGGCUUGUACAAUGUAAAAUGUCUGUGUGGUUCUGAGUGUUAUUAGUGACUUGAAUUUAUAGUCUGUGUACAGUAAGCACCCAGGUUAGUGGUUUCUCAUGUCGUUAAUGUUAAGAAGAAAAUAAACAGCUCUUUUUUUCUUAA